CCGUCGUUAUCGAACAUAUGGAGACCCCAGUUUCCUCUGUACCCCAACCCAACCCUCUUCCUACUUCCUCCGCCUCCGCCGCCGCCGCCGCCGUCACAGCGGCGAUUCCGGUGACGGUGAAGUCGGCGGGAACCAGUGUACAACAGGUCGAGAGCUCGCCACGAGCUCCGGCGAAGGUGAUUGAUGCCGGUGGAAAUGUGGAGGCUUUGGCGGCGAUUCCCUGCGCCAAGCUCCGGCUCAUGUGCAGCUAUGGAGGACACAUCAUGCCUCGGCCACACGACAAGGCCUUGACGUACGUCGGCGGCGAGACACGCCUCGUGGUGAUCGAUCGUCACUCGUCUCUGUCAUCGUUCCGGUCACGCCUCUCUCGUAUGCUCCUCAAUGGUCGAGCCUUCACGCUCAAGUACCAGCUCCCCAACGAAGACCUAGAUUCGCUCGUCUCCAUCACCACCGAUGAAGAUCUCGAGAACAUGAUCGAAGAGUACGACCGCGUGACGUCGUCCGCCGCCGUGGCGUCGGGAGCGCCGGCGUCGCAACGGAUCCGGUUGUUCCUCUUCGCGAAUAAGCUCGAGACCGCUGCAACGAUGGGAUCUCUGCUCGACGGAGCGAAAUCGGAGACCUGGUUCGUUGAUGCUCUGAAUCAGUCCGGUCUUCUUCCUCGGGGGUUGUCGGAUUCCGCUGCCGUCGGUAACUCCUUGUUGAAUCUCGACGACGCGAGCACCGGAGAGGCGGCCGAGAUGCAAAAUCUAGAGACAAAUGUUGGUGGAGAGAACAAAAAACCGGUGGAUACGGUUGCUAGUGGAGCGAUUCCGCAUAACGAGAUCCAUUUGAGCUCGAUGCCUGAUUCUCCAAUGCUCGAAACCGCAAGUUCUUCGUACGGAUCUUCCUCUUCCACGCCGUCGAUGGCGAACUUGCCUCCGAUUCGUGUUAGGGUUAGCGAAGAACAAAGGAUCGAGGAACAAUUUGCGCAUAUGAAUUUCUCGAACGUGCACGUUCAGAGGCACUUGGAAGAUGGCGCUGGCUUGAUGGUGGCUCGGCCUCCGAUGAUUCCGCCGGCGGCAAUGACCGAUGCGGCGGCUGCGGCGGCGAUUUACGGCGCAGCUCCUGACGGUGCCUGUGGCGGUAUGUCUGGUGUUUGUCAGGCUCCGUUGGAAGACGACAGAUCGGAUCCGAGUCUGUCGGCGGGUUACAGGAAACCGCCUCAUCAAGUUUCAGUGCCUCCGAGAACUGGCGCAGGAUAUGGCUUGGCUUCCCCUGAUUCUGUGGCAAGUGAUAGUAGCAUUUCUUCUACUACAUUUCCUAAGCCAAUGUACUACCAAGACCAAGCUCAAACUCAAGCUCAAGCUCAAGCUCAAGCCCCACCGAAAGGCACCCCGAUACAGCCCGAGACCACGUCGGUUCAGCCGGUUGCAUAUGCAGCCAUGGACCAACACCAGACACCGCCGCCUCAGGUUCAGCAACCGUACGUUCAGUACAUCCCUCACCCCUCUCAGUACAUCCCGGUCUACCCUCAUCAGCAUCAGAACUAUCCGGUUUACGUAAUGUCCGUCCCUCAAUCUCAGCCCUAUGUUUCCACAGCUACUCCCCCUCUUUAUCCGAACUCCAAACCCGGCUCAAACCCUAAAUCCGAAAACCCUCAAAACGUUUACCGGACCGCUCUACCUCCAAACCAACCUCAGCAGGCCCUUCAGCUUCAGCAGCCGGCUCCUGCUCAACCGCAGUACGUUGGUUAUUCUAUGGUGCCACAUCAUCAUACCGCAAACGCUAAUUACAGCGGUUAUGAGUACUCGAAUGCUACACACGAGCCGGCAUACUACCAGGUGCAACCGCCGAUUUCUGCGUCUGCGACUGCGAUUCCCUUGGCCUCUCAAUACCAGAGUAUGACCCCAGCUGCGGCUGGGGGUGGCUCUUGA